AUGGCGCCGUCCGGCUCCAGCCAACCCCUUCCCAUUCGGACUGUUUUUGCGUUUAUUGCGCUACUCUUGGCGGUGAUUUGGGGCGCCGGGUCAGGCGUUUGGUGGCCUCUGGUGUCGGUGACGGUCGUGGGACUCUUGGCCGCGCUGUGUUGGAAAUUGCGGCGGCGGGACGGCGACACCGAGCGACGGGUGUGUGUGCUGGUGCUCGGGGACAUCGGUCGGAGUCCCCGCAUGCAGUAUCACUCGCUUUCCCUCAGUAAACAUGGAUAUGAAGUCAUACUUGUUGGAUAUUUAGACAGCAAACCUCAUCGAGAUGUUUUGGAGGAGGACAGGAUUCACAUCGUUCCGAUUGCGGAAGUAAAAGGCAUCACGGGUGGCCCCAAAAUUUUGACGUACGUGACCAAAGUGACCGUUCAGUUUGCGCAGGUUCUUGCGGUACUUCUGUUGCUCAAACCCCAUGCUAACAUCCUCAUGCAGAAUCCUCCAGGUUUGCCACUGAUGGCGUCAGCGUGGCUGGCAUGUGUCCUCCGUGGCGCCCGCUUGCUCAUCGACUGGCACAACUAUGGCUACACCAUCAUGGCGCUAAGUCUUGGCCACGCCCACCCGCUGGUGCGCAUGGCAAAAUGUUACGAGCACAUAUUCGGACCUCUGGCGUCGCAGCACUUGUGUGUGACCAAAGCCAUGAAGGAAGAUCUGCACCAGAACUGGGGCAUCAAGGCGACCACUCUUUACGACAGACCGGCGGCCAUCUUCAGGGAGACGCCACUGGAGGCACGCCACAAACUGUUUGGGAGGCUUUCACGAGUGCUUCCCGCUUUUCGACAUCACUGUAAUGGUGACGACAACGAUGAUAAAGCCAUAGAGAAGACUGUCUUCUCAGAGCGAGAUCUCAAGAACGACACUGUGACUUUGAGGCACGAUCGCCCCGCCCUGCUCAUCAGCAGCACAAGUUGGACAGAGGACGAAGACUUCUCCAUCCUUCUGCAGGCUCUUCAAGAAUACGAAGAUUUCAUCUCAGCGGGGCAAAACCUACCGUCACUCAUCUGCGUCAUCACGGGGAAAGGUCCUCAGAAGGAGCGCUACAUGAAAACGAUUGGCAGUCUGCAUUUGGAGCAUGUGAAGAUCUGCACACCUUGGUUGGAGGCGGAAGACUAUCCUGUUUUGUUAGGUUGUGCUGAUCUCGGCGUGUGUCUGCACAAGUCCUCCAGUGGUCUGGACCUGCCAAUGAAGGUGGUGGACAUGUUUGGAUGCUGUCUGCCUGUAUGCGCGGUUCAGUUUUUGUGCCUGGAGGAGCUAGUGAAGCACGACCACAACGGUCUGAUCUUCUCCGACAGCCGGGAGUUGGCCCGACAGCUCAAGACUCUUCUAUCAGACUUUCCCAGCAGUGACAGCAAACUGGCCACGUUCAGGAGGAACCUUCGCGCCAGCAGGGAGCAGCGCUGGGAUGACAACUGGGACCAACAUGUCCUCCCGCUCUUAUCAGCUUCUUACCUAGCUUGCGCUUGA